AUGGCAGAGAACAAGGAAUCAAGCGCUAAGAAUUGGCUGUUCGAGCUGAAUGAGGCUCUCGAUCAUAAGUCCUUCACAACUAUGGUUGUGACUGUCUGGGCGAUAUGGUAUGCUAGAAGGAACGCGAUCCAUGAAGGCAUAUUUCAGUCCCCGAUGCACACUUCAUCGUUUGUGACCUCUUACAUUAAUGAGCUGCAGCAGCUUGAGAAACCUGAUGAGCAUCAUAUACAGGUAGCCGCACCGAGAGGCGGGCCAAGGAGUUGGCUAGCGUCACCUAUUGGAUUUGCGAAAAUCAAUGUUGAUGGAGCUGUUGGGCAUCAUAAACGUGGUGGGGCAGUUUCAGCGGUGUGUCGAGACCACACAGGAUUAUACUUGGGCUCCUCGGCGGCAGUCUACCGAGGCAUUACUGACCCCACAACCCUGGAAACGUUUGCGUGCAGGGAGGCGUUAGCUCUUGCAGAGGAUCUUCAGGUGACAAACAUGAUGGUUGCCUCGGAUUGCAAAGGAGUGGUUCUAGAUAUAAACGAAGAAACAGGAGGUCCGCACUAG